CCAAUCAGCGUCGCCGCGGGCACCGGUUAUAAAGUCCACGCAGCCCGCGGGGCUCAGACUCCCGGGAUCCAGAUGGGGGCGAUGGCGCCGCGCACGUUGCUCCUGCUGCUGGCGGCCGCCCUGGCCCCGACCCAGACCCGCGGGGGCUCACACUCGCUGCGGUAUUUCUACACCGCCGUGUCCCGGCCCGGCCUCGGGGAGCCCCGGUACAUGGAAGUCGGCUACGUGGACGACACGGAGUUCGCGCGCUUCGACAGCGACGCGGAGACGCCGAGGAUGGAGCCGCGCGCGCCGUGGGUGGAGCGGGAGGGGCCGGAGUAUGGGGAGGACACAGGGAUUUUCAAGGAGCUCACAUGGAAUUUCAAAACGCGCCUGCAGAACCUAAACAACCAGAGCCUGGACGGUAAAGGCUGCGGGAUCCGCGGCGGUUGCCUCAGUUUUGCUGAAGGGUUGAGCGAACUGUUUCCUGCAGGUGGGCGGGGUCGGCGGGCGGGGCGCAGGCGUGACGGCGAUGGGGGUGGGGCAGGUUCCCACCACCGGGUCCAGGUUGCGCUCCGCUGCCACGUGGGACCGGAUAAGGACUACAUCACCCCGAAGGAGGACCUGAGCUCCAGGACCGCGGCGGAUGCUUUGGCCCUGAUCGCUCAGCACAUGUGGGAGGAGGCUGGUGUGGCCACGGAAUGCAAGGCCUGCCUGCGGGACACGUGCUUGGCGAUGCUGCACAGAUUGCUGGAGAACUGGGAGAAGACGCGGCAACGCCCAGUCGUUGCUGUUGUUGCUGUUCUGGUUGUCCUUGGAGCUGUGGUCAUCAUUGGAGCUGUGGUGGCUGUUGUGAGGAAGAGGAGGAGAAACACAGGUGGAAAAGGAGGGGACUGUGCUCCAGCCCCAGAUAAGUGGGAGGUGCAGGAUUGUCCCUGAGGCCAUUGAUUGGGGUG